AUGUCAAUAUACUCAACGCCGCUGAAAAGUGGAAUUGAUUAUAGCAGGGCUGUCAUGGGACUUCCCAACAGUGAUAUUGGCACGACUGAAAUAACCAACGGCGUCAAAAGACCCCUGGGUAAUGAACAAAGUUCUGUGAUGGUAUCGGGAUACAAUGUAAUUGGUGGGUCGGGGUCCUCUCUGGGUGGCCCUGCGGGACAAGAGCAUUUGAGGGUACUCGGCUUGAGCUCGAAGCCUGCUCUGGAACUCGCCAGUCAGUACAUCGACCACAUGCAAAGCCAGGACUCGAGCACUCCGGUGCUCGACGAACGCUCUUACUACAACAACGGUGUCAAUUACAAUUUUAGCAAAGAGGUUGGCGGUUUGGGCGCCUUUACGCCGAUGGAGCGUACUCAGGUCACGAAUAUCCCGGAUGUGGUGCUGCGCGAAGCUGCCAAGGCCGAAAUGAAGAGUGACAUGGGACUCUUUCCCGAGCUGAAUCGUUGCUGGAUUACCAUUGAUAACAAGCUGAUUCUAUGGAAUUUAGAACAACCUUCCGACUUACAGUCUAUUGAUGACAUCAAGCAUACAAUUCUGUCGGUGGCUCUGGUGAGGCCAAAGCCUAACACAUUUAUCGACUCUGUCAAUCACCUUUUACUUAUUGCUACCCCUUUUGACAUCUACAUGCUUGCUCUUCAGCAUAACGUUAGCUCGGGCGAGCUGGCCGUCUUCAACACCGGAAUGUGUGUAUCCGUUCACGGUCUAGAUGUGAGCAACUUCACUUCGUGUGAAAAAACUGGCCAGAUAUUUUUCACAGGCAAGUCUAGCGGGACUAACAUUUGGGAACUUCAAUAUUCUAGCACGGAAGACUGGUUCAACAGCAAGUGCAAUAAAAAUUGCCUAACGCAGUCUCUUUUAGACAGCCUGCUGCCCACGAACCUGAUGUCCAAGAUUCCUGGCAGUAAUCUGAUCCAAAGUUUUUUCGAAGAAAAUUCCAAAUAUUCUGCAGAACAUUUGGUCCAGCUCUGUGUUGAUGAUAGCAGGAAUAUCCUUUACUCUUUGUCAAAUAAAUCCGUUAUCCGCGCUUACAAGAUGAAUGAGAAGAGUUUAGAGGGUCCUCUCACAAUUGAAACGUCAUACAUCAAACGCAUAAUGGGCACCACUUCGGCUAGAGGAGCUGCCAUUCUGGGCAACAAAUAUUUGAAGAUAUCCAAACUAAUUGUUGUUACCGCAAAGGAGAAUGGUAACCUGUAUCUGGUGGCCAUAACGAUCGGCGGCGUCCGAAUUUAUUUUAAUGGCUCAUCAAAUAAAACACACCUUGAGGCCUUAAGAUUGGAGUCGAUUAAAUUUCCACCAAGCUCCGUCACCGCUGAAGUGAUAGAGAAUGAGCUCCAGCAGCAGCAACAAAAGAAGAAUUUGCCAUUGUAUUCAUCGCUUGCGAGCGCAGAGUCUAUAAUGCUAAAAUUCCAGAAAAAGUCAUCCGUGCUGCUGGAAUCAACCCAAGCCAGUACGAUUAUAUCUCCGGGGAUUUUUUUUUCCGCUGUGAGCAAAACCACACACCAGGACCAUGGGGGUGCUAACCAAGAUCAAGUGGCUGGACAGCAACCGCCAACAAAACCGACCGUCCACUGGAAUAAUGGACAAUUACCUUUACAACCAACCCAGGUGGAUCAGGCGCCAAACUCUCAGGCCACACAGCAGAAACUGUUUGUGUCUGUACCGGAUUAUGGAGUCUUAAAGAAACACGGCAAAUACGUGGAGAACGCUACCCUAUUAGACACCGCUGGUGUUGUCAAACAUAUCGUUCCAAUAAGCCCACUCUUCGCCGCCACAGACAAGCCAGAAGGUUAUGCAAAUGAGUUUGCUACGCAGUACACCUCGUCAGAAUUUAGAGUUGCUGUUUUGACUAGCUCAACUGUAGAAAUUUACAGAUACAGAAACCCAGAUGCAGUUUUUGAAUCACUUAUCGAAAACCCCUUACCGUUUGUCUUGAACUAUGGUCUAACGGAAGCAUGCUCCACGGCUUUAUUCGUAACUUGCAAAUUCAAUAAGUCUGAAACCCUGAGAUCGAAUGCCUUGACAUUUUUCACAGUCGGACUACCUGGUGUAGCCGAGAUCAAGCCCAGAUAUAGCAAAUACGCAUCUAGUGCGAUGUCAGCGAUGCUAUCAAAACCUUCAGUGAUAUCAACGCCACAAAGAUCUGCUUCGACGGCAGACAACGCGGGCCUUCUCACAUCAAAAACUGAUGACACUUAUAAUCUGGAUGAUGUGAUUUUGUCACCUCGUUUUUAUGGUAUUUCGCUAUUCAUCGCCAGAUUGUUCAGAGAUAUUUGGGACAGACCAGUCUUUCAAAAAGAUCCCACCAUAAGGAUGGAUUUCCAUUCCAAGCUAAUGAAAAGCUCCACUUCGGAAGGUAACUUAAUUACUUCGAUUUCAAGCACGAAAUCAGAUGUUGAAUAUUACCUUUCUUCCGUUAUGAUUCUGACAGAUUUCUUUGAUACUUAUGGAAAUACAAUUUCCAGCAUUUCAAUACCUUCAUUCCAGACCACCACAAGCUUGGACAGGUCAGAGGAGAUUGCAAACCAAGCAGAAAACAUCGCAAUCAAUUCCCUUAUCAAGUUAAUUCAAUCUAUGAAAGAGGCAUUUUCUUUUUUGAAUGUUUUGUUUGAGGAGAGUGAAAUCGAAGGGCUCGAAGGUCAAUACAUUGCUUUCAAGGACAUUAUCAAGUUUUUGAGCGUUGAUACUCAGGCCGAGCUAGCGAAGCUCAGUUAUAGGGACAUUUUUGCUCCCACUGAAACCUCUAAGGAUCUGCUGCGCGAAAUUAUAUCCUCGAUCAUUAACAGGAAUAUUUCUAGAGGGGGCUCGAUAGAGUACAUUGCAACGGCCCUACAGGAAAGAUGUGGCUCGCUGUGUUCAAGUAGCGACAUUUUGGGAUUUCGCGCUGUUGAGCAUUUAAGGAAGGCCAAAGAAGUUGGCAUCCGUGACUAUGAGACUUCCAACUACCACCUAACCACUGCGAUCAAAUUAUUUGAAAAGAUUGUCGAUAGCAUUUCGAUGGAAAGGUUAAAGGAAGCCGUGUCUACCAUGUUGGAACUGAACUAUUAUCCAGGAACCAUCAAAUUCCUUUUGAACAUAGCGAACUCAAUGGAUAAAGGCAAUUUGGCUCACCAAUAUGUUGCCAGCGGAUAUUUGGACCAAGAUCCCAACAAGGCAUAUUACGAAAAACGUAUUCACGCUUACGAACUGGUAUUUGAAACGUUGGUGAAGGUUGAUGAUAUCGUUUCAGCGUCUAUUUCUACGGGACUUGGGGCAAUGGGGAAUGUUGAAGAGCUUUCAAGGUUGCGAGAGGAAAGUUACACAGCAGCUUUGAAAUAUAAUGAUAAGCUCUUCCAUUAUCAGUUGUAUGACUGGCUUGUGUCUCAAAACUCUGAGGAUAAACUACUUCAACUGGAGACAGACUUUAUUUUGAUGUAUCUUCAAGAAAAGGCCCAAGGAUCUUUAAAAAUCUCUAACCUUUUGUGGGUAUUUCAGUCCAAGAAGUCCCAGUUCUAUUCUGCCGCACAAAUACUGUAUUCUCUUGUGAUUUCAGACUUCAAGAUACCGCUAAGCCAGAGGAUUGAGUAUUUAUCCAGAGCUAAUGGGUUUUGCAAUGGAGUAUGUGCGCCCAAUGAUCGGCAGCGCAUGAUACACCUAGCAGGAAUGAUACAGGAAAUCUUCGACGUCGCAAGUGUUCAGGAUGACAUUUUGUCGCUUCUCAAAAAGGAUUUACGUGUUAACGCAGAGACUAAGGACGGGCUACUAAAACAGCUGGACGGAAAAAUAUUGCCCAUUAGCGAUCUAUUCAAUGAUUUCGCUGAUCCCUUGGAAUAUAAUGAGGUUUGUUUGACAAUUUUCAGAAUAUCAGAAUUCAGAAAUAACGAAGAAAUCAUUUCCAAAUGGACGGAAUUGUUUGAAUCUUUGAAAAGCGAGUUGAAGAAAAACGGAGACAUGGAAGAAUCGAAUAACUUUAUCAACAUGCUCACUGCAGUUGUAGUUAGAGUUGGAAGAAAUGUCAGAACAUCUGAGUUUGUAUUUCCAAUUACGGAAUUAUUCCCCAUCAUAUGCGAUUUAUUCUAUGAGAAUUUGCCCGCACAACAUAUUAAGAAUGGCUCAAUAACGAGUAUCUUUAUUUCAGCCGGCGUUUCUUUCGACAAAAUGUACUAUAUGCUCAAGAACUUGAUAGAGACCGCUGAUUCGGUGAACAAUGUUUACAAGAAUGAGAUGGUAUGGCUAAUAAAGGAAUGGUACGAUUCCGAUACUAGAUUGAGAGACAUUAUCUCCUUUGAUGAUGUUCGCAACUUGAACACUUAUAGCAUUGAGCAUGAUCCGAUUGAAAACCAAGUCAAAAAGACCGGUAUAAGCAUUUAG